CCAUCGACAUGUCCGACGCCUACCCGUCCGCCGAGAUCAUCGGCACCGACAUCAGCCCCAUCCAGCCCAUGUGGGUGCCGCCCAACUGCAUGUUCCACAUCGAGGACGCGCAGCUCGAGUGGACGUAUGCGCCCGAGUCCUUUGACUACAUCCACAUCCGCGGCCUCUACGGCAGCAUCAGCGACUGGGGCGCGCUCUACCAGCAGGCCUUCCGCGCCACCAUGCCGGGCGGCUGGGUCGAGAACUUUGAGUACAACAUCAUGGUGCUGAGCGACGUGCCCGAGAUCCGCGACGACCCAAAGCACAUCUUCAAGCGCUGGGCAAACGUCUUCUUCGAGGCCUCGGAGCGCAUGGGCAAGACGCUGCGCGUCGGCGAGGGCGGCCAGAUGCGCAAGCUGAUGCGCGAGGCCGGCUACGUCGAUGUUGUCGAGAAGAACUAUGCCGUUCCCAUUGGCGCAUGGAGCAGCGAUCCCACCAUGAAGCAGAUUGGAGCGUAUAGCCUUGCCUUUUUGGACGAGAGCCUGGAAGGCUUUGCGCUGUUUCUGCUCAAGGAGAUUAUGGGCUGGGACUAUAUCGAGAUCCAGCUCCUAGUCUCGGAGUUUCGCAAGGCUUUGCACAACCACAGGAUCAGACCGUACUACAUAUGUACAAAUGUCUUUUCACGAAAGCCAUAGCGCGGAGAUCAGCUUCGUUCAUUUUCGUUGUAUAUUUUUUGGUCUUUUCUUUUUUUUCUUUAUUCUUUCUGGCGUUUUAAUUUGGCUACCCCCACGGCGUUGUCUUGUCUUUUCCUUUUAGCGUUCAUGCUGAGAAUUUUGCCAAAAGCACUCGAACCCUUGCACAAAGAUUUUAAGAGCUGUCCAGGCUAUGCCUGUCAAGGCAGCGUUCAUGCCACCUUUCCACGUGGCCAGCAGGGCGGGCGGCAUGACUUGACGGCACUGUCACAUUGCGUGUAUUGUCCGCCAUCUAUCAUGGAACCUGUUUUUAUGGAAUACAAUUUGGGAGCGAAUGAUUGAUUGAUUUCUUCGCCCUCCUGGUAGCUGGAGCCCAUGUACAUUACCUUGAAUCAUCAUGCUCUCUCUCAUUUAUUCCUGCAUGGGUGUAUAUAUCACUGCGUUAAUAUACUACAAGGCGUCUCGCUGACCCAGAUUUUUGGAAACCAUGCGUUCACUUUCAAGAGAAUCCCAUGGGAUAUAUUGUUAUAAAUAAAACUAUUGCCUCGCGUAUAGUAUACUAAGCGCCACGACCGAAACCUCCAUGUGCUCGUUACAAACGGGCCAGCGUUCAGGGGACAUGCAUACAUGUAAUCCAACAUCCAUGUCAUAUGAAUCUUCAGCUCAUGCACGCUGAAACAAUAGUCUAGAAUCAAUAAGCUCACAAUAUUGUAACAAGCAGCAACAUGGAUAGCCCAAACCCUGUUCCCACCACUACGAAAUAUUCAUCUGGCCGCAUCUUCACCGAGUAGAGCCAUCCAACGAUGUAGCAUCCUGGAC